AUGGGCGAUGCUUUCAGAGCUGUCCGGGCUAAGGGUAUUCUUACAUGUUGGAAAGACCCUCCAUUUUUCAUGCCAAAAUUACACGAAUGUCCAAACGCUGGAUUUCCCCUGCCUUUCCCUGUUAUUUUUGGGGCAGAGAGCCCUAAAGAGUUGAGUGAAGAGGAAAUUGGUUUAGUAGUUAUCGAUUCGUGUGUAUUCGCCGUCAAAAUUAAGGGUAAUAUACUCUUUGCUCAAGGUCAAGAAUUGAUCUUGAAUUACUACCUAUACGGUUCAUCCUGUCAGAGUACACGGCUGAAUUAUCUAUUUUUCCUCAUUGUUCUAAUAACAGAGAGCAGCUAUAAAAUGGCUGGGGCCGAAGCUGAGGUCCUCCUUACUCCAAUAAGCUUCAUUCCUCAAAUGGAUAGAGAAGUUGACACUGGCGUUGGUAUCAGUUUACCUCGCUGUUCCAAUGCGGAUCCAAUCAGCCCACUGUGA